AUGCCGAGUAGCUCUAGCUCCCCACCGAGGGACGGCCAGGAGGAGGAGGGGGCGGCCUCCGCCACCGACAGUCAGGACGAGGAGGAGGAGGAGGAGGGGCACGCUGUCACCGAGGACGACCAAGAUGAUGAGGAGGAAGAGGACGAGGAUGAAAAGGCCACAUGGAGACGUUUGCAGGCGGCAGAGGAGGCAACGGCGACAAAGAAGGAGGCAGGGACCCGGGCGAAGGCGCAGCUGGCAUGGACCGACGACGAGGAAGACACCGAGGAUGACUCGUCAGAGGGGGACACAAGCUCGUCGGACGCGACGAGCUCUUCCGAAGAGGUGACAAGCAGAAAGCGCCUCCGUGAGGAUGACGAGGCAUGGUCCUCUAAGAAGAAGUAG